AUGUUUGAUGAUUUGAUACUUCUCGCGAAAGGUGGUAUGACUGUCUACCACGGGCCCGUGAAGAAAGUGGAGGAGUACUUCCAAGGUCUGGGGAUUGUCGUCCCGGAUCGUGUCAAUCCACCGGACUACUACAUAGAUAUCUUGGAGGGAAUCGUGAAGCCAAAUACGAAUGCAGCAGUCAAUGUCAAAGAUCUCCCUCUGCGAUGGAUGCUGCACAACGAAUACGAAGUUCCAAGAGAUAUGUUGCAGAGUGCUUCUGACUCGGGAUCGCCGUUUAGGGAAGGAGAGGGGGGUCACACUGGCCCUGAAGCCGAAUCCAAAAAAUCCGUUGUUAGUGAAUUGUGGGGUAAUCUCAGGGACAUACUUGGGCAGAAAAAGGAUGAGUAUGAUUACAAUAAAUCUUCUGAAGAUUUAUCUAACCGGAAAACUCCUGGCAUCCUUAGGCAGUACAAGUACUACCUGGGAAGAUGUGGCAAGCAAAGGCUUCGUGAAUCUAGAAUACAAGGAGUCGACUUUCUGAUUCUGGGCCUUGCUGGUAUCUGUUUAGGGACACUGGCUAAAGUGAGCGACGAGACAUUUGGAGCACUUGGCUACACAUACACUGUCAUCGCUGUCUCCCUUCUGUGCAUGAUUGGUGCCCUUCGGUCAUUCUCCCUGGAGAAGAUACACUACUGGAGGGAAAGAGCAUCAGGCAUGAGCUCUUUGGCAUACUUCAUGUCUAAAGACACGAUCGAUCACUUCAACACCAUUGUGAAACCUAUUGUAUACUUGUCCAUGUUCUACUUCUUCAACAAUCCGAGGUCGUCGAUCUGGGAGAACUAUGUGAUCCUCGUUGCGGUCGUCUACUGCGUGACGGGGAUCGGCUACACUUUCGCUAUCUUCUUUCAGCCCGGUUCGGCACAGCUGACGCACGCAGAGACCCCGCACGCGCUCGCCGUCGCCGUCAUCCACGCCGUCGCGCACCACGCCGUCGCCGUCGCAGCCUCGCCGUCGGCCGCCGCCCGCUCCCCGGCGCCGCAGGGCGUAGUCGAGCGGGAUGACACCGUUUGA